AUGAAUAGCGAGUUUUUCCAAUUUCUCGAGUUAUGUGGAAUCGAAAUAAGCGAGACGUCAGACGUGGCGACGCUAAUCUCGGAAUACAACAAUUUCAACAAAUACCAUAGUGCAAAUCCCAAGCAAACAUUUGAACACAAUUUUAUUAAAUGGCAAAAUCAACAACGUGGGCCAUAUGAAAAACCACAGUCUAUAGAACCACAACCGAGAACUCUACAACCUGACCACGUUACAACGCCAAUAAAACUUCAAACGUUAAAGGAGUCAACACCAUACAUCGGCGACUUUUUAUCCUAUACUUUUGUACCGUCGCCAAAACCACAACAACAGCAGGCUGCUGUUGCCAACGGAAUCUCCAACCAAAACCGCCAGUGA